AUGCUGCUAAACAAUCUACCGCUGGAGAUCCUAGAGCUCAUUGUGCUCCAUGUCUCCGUUCGGGACCUCUGCCAUGUAAUAGCAACAUCGCAUCGCCUUUGCGACUUAUUGCAGCCGAGGCUCUUCACCAAUGUGAAACUAUCCGACAUCUAUGGAUGCAAAGAGGGUCCUGCCUUGUCUUAUAGAGUCAGUAAGUUUCUGUAUGCUGUCGUCCGAAACCCGAGACUAGCCCAUCACGUUCGUACCUUGGAAGUCUCAGGCUGGAACGUAAAUGGAUUCGACAUUGAAUAUCGUGAAGAAGAAAAGAAGGCCAGAUUUGACCGAGGUCUUGCCGAAAAACUAGUCGAGGAACCGCAUGGGUAUACUGAGGGCGAAAGGGCUCAAUGGCUUGAAGACCUCGAGGAAUUUCAGACCGAGGCAUGGGUGGCUUUGCUACUUCCGAAAUUAGAGAAGAUAUGGAAACUGAGCCUGGAUUGGCCCCAAGAUUCAACACAUAUCCUGAAUAUGUUUCGGAAGGCUGGUGAUCGCAGUGAACCUGUUUUCCUCAUCUCGAGGAAAGAGGAUGGUGGCUCAAUACCGGCUUAUUUUCUCAAUCCAUUUUUCAAAUUCCCCUCGAUGCGCAAAUUGGGCUGUUCACGACUAAGAGACCAGAAACGUGAAGAAUGGGGCCCCGAACUGGGCAAUGAUGAGCCUCCCCUGGAGAAGGAUGUCCUCCAGCCGUACUGCUCAAAUAUCACCGCAAUCGACAUUGCGCAGGCAUGUUGUUUUGAUGGACUGCGAGAAUGGAUCCAAGCGUGCAAAACUCUGAAAUCAUUCCGGACUUCGCUUUUGCUGCACAAAUCCACACUGGAGGCCAUCUGGAUUGACCGAUCCUCGUUUGGCGAUGGCAACGAUGGAUGGAUGGGAUCUUUCGCAGAAUUCACCGCUUUGAAAGCUCUUGCCAUCACCUUGCCAGGGCUUGUGGGAGUUGCCUACGGAGGAAACCGUCAUGAAGAUCCCCCACGAAAACUUCGGAAGCUCCAAGACGUCCUUCCUUCGUCGUUGGAGACACUUUAUCUUGAUCUGGACGAAAGAUUUUGCUUCAGCCAGGCUUUAGAUGAUCUGUCAGACUUGGUUGCAUCGAGGGAAUUCCCCCAACUCGUGACAAUCCAUCUGAACCGCGUUAUCAAACAUGAGAACCGGGAGAAAGUUGCCUGGCUAAAGAAGGUCUGUGAAAAGGCCGGGGUCCAGGGAUUUUUUUCACACAAACACAGAGGAUAUCGAUACGAUGUGCUCUGGAUGCUGAGCAACAGGUCUCUUGAGCCAAUCUGGCCUUUCAACAGGGCUGAAGACCUUGGAUGGUACUUUCUUGAGGCAUCAGAUACGAAGUGA